AUGGCCGGCCGACGGUCGUCGUGUCCCCCCACGAUUCUGAAUCUCACCUUGAUCUGCUGUCUUGCAGGUGAGUUUCUGAUUGAGUUGAUCUUGGUUCUGAUCGUGUUUGAUUGUGUCUGGGAGAUGUUUCUGACGUUGAAUUCUGAUCUGAAUGGGUUGUAAGGAUGCCCUGAAGGCUGGAUGAUCUUAUCAGUCAAUCAAUCAUUUAUUUUGAUGCUUUUGUCAGAUUUAAUCGACUAGGCGGUGAGAAAAACCGUCCUUGGCCGACUAGAAGUCGGACAUGUAGUUGAUCAAGUAGAAUCAAGUAGUCUAAACCUGUAGUUGAUCAAGUUGAGAACAUGAUCUUCGCCUUGUUCUUUAGCGCCUAGUCCGUCCAGUUCCAGAGGAUCUUAUCUUUGAUUAUCUGAUUAAUAGUCGCAAAUUUUCACAAGAUACCAUCAGAACGGAAAUAUCUUAGUCCAUAAUAUUUUUUUUCUUUUUGGAGCUCUUUUUUCGACUCAGAAAGAUUCGCUACUCUUUGUUCGCACCUGGAAAGGCUAAGAAAUACCGCUCUUAUGCUUAAUGGUGCCUCCGAGCGUAAGUCGUUUCAAGUCGGGCGCAUCUUCAAUUCACAGACUUUGAUGCUUUCUGUUCUGAUUAUCUGAAUAUCAUACAAUUUUUUAUCAUUUUUUUUCGAAGUUUCAAAAAAAAGCUUGAAAUUCAUUCAUUUCUGACUUUUACGCGUCAUGAGCCCCAAUCUUUGAAAAUUUCAAUGAUUGAAAUUCCCGACUUUUUGCUGACCAUAAUUGGCGCCUCCACUGACCUCCAAUCGGCCCCCUCCGAGAAAUUUGAGCCAAUUAUCCAUUUUCAAAAGAAUGGAACGAAUUUUUCCACCUUUGUAUGACGUAAAAAAGUGCACAUCUCUUCAUGUUCUUGUUCUCUUUGGGCCUUUCGAUCGUAUUUUCUGGGGGUUUUCCGCAUGAAUUGAUUAUUUUUUCUUUAAAGUAUGUUCAGAAUAAGAUUUUCCAUGAAAAAUUACCCAUAGAGGUUGAAAAAACCGCAAAAAGCGAAAUGUCAAGUGGCUGCCAAUAACAGUUUUUCAAUGUCAGAAAAGUUAUUGUGCACUUGAAAAUCGAAAAAAAAUGGCACUAAACAUUGGAAAACAUCUUGGAAUCAAUAAAACAAGGCAAAAUGAGGGAAUGAGUCAGGCAACGCGGUCGCGUCGCGUUUUUUUCGAAAAUCAUCUUUUUUUCUCAUUGGAAAUAAUUAUUCGACAGGUCCUAGCAAGGUAAUUGGAUCUGAAAUCCAAGAGAUUAGAUUUUUGCAUAGUUUUUUUAUAUUUUUUUAAACCUUUUUCUGAGCAUGGGAAAGUCUCAAGCGAUUUUCCUUUUUUACUUCAAUUUUUAUUUUUAAUGGAAGAUUUUCUCGAUAUUUUUUCUUUUAAAAAUCUUUUUUUUCAAGUUUUUCCCACCAUUUUAAACUGAAAUUAUUAUAAUAAAAAAAUGGAAAAAAAUUUUUAUAAUUUGGUUUUUUUUUUCUCAGUUUUUAGUUUUUUUUAACUCAACAAAUAUCUUAAAAUCAUGACUAAACCCACUAGAAAUCCAGUAAAUCCAAGAAAUCCAAGAAAAAGCAAUAAAAUCAAAAUCAUAUAUUUUCAGUAGCUGAAACACUCGGCCAGGGAUGUGGAGAGAGCGGUGGAGCGCCAUUGCUCGACGAGUUCCAACGAAUUUUCCCGUGCUCCCGCGGGUGCCCCCGCGGCUUCGACUGCACUUUUUAUUCGGUUCGUUUGAAAUUUGAUUUUUUAAAAGCUUCCAGCCAUUUUAUUUUAGGAAAUGUUGUUUUUAAAAGAGAAAAGGCGAAAUUUUAAUUUUUUUCUUCACGUUUUUUUUGUCGCUAUUUUCCAUGCUUCAGCUUAGAAAAAGAAAUUUCUUCGAUCCUUCAUUUCAAAAAUGUUCAAUUCAAACCCUGCAAAGUACGUUUCUGUACCACUAUUUGAUUGCAAACUUGGAGAAAUAUGUCAAUGUGGAAGUUAAUUGUUGCAUUCCCCUCAUAAUUUGCUCUUAACACGCUUCAUCUUUGCGAUGAAUUGCUUGUUUUCCAAUUUUCUCACUUUUUGAUAGAUGAUUGACGUUUUUGGAACACUCUAAAUGUCUCAAAACUGCGAAAAUAAUCAUUAUAAAAUAUUGAAAUCGUAAAUUCUUUUUCGAAUAUUCCGAGCCAUUUUUUUCUAAUUAUUGAUCGAUUUCAUCACUUUUUUUACAUGUUUUUUUCAUCGUUAUUUAAAAAUUAAAUAUUUCAAGUCAUGUUGAAUUGGAUAGUAUCUAAAUGAAAUAUUUCAGGAAAACCGGCUUAUCCCAGCCAUCGGCGUUUGCUGCGCGAACGUGACGUCACUCGCUGAAAUCAACAACGACUACUUUCUGAAUCACAUUGACAAGCCUUCAGAAGUCGUCGAAAAAAAAUUUGUGAGUUUUUUCAAAGUUUUUAGAAUAUUCCAAAGCAACACACGCGCGAGGAGAGGAGGUGAUAUGGGCGCGCUAGGCCACGACUCCUCUCGACCUCCCAUGUGGUCUAGUGGUUAGGAUUCGUGGUUUUCACCCACGCGGCCCGGGUUCGAUUCCCGGCAUGGGAAAAUGCCUUUUUGCCGUUUUUAUUUUUGGUUUUUAGGACUCUUCGAAGCCUCUCGCGGUUGUUGGCGACAAGCCAGGCGAUUUCCAACCCCCGACGGAUGAAAUUAUCAAGAAAUUGGUCGCUUCUGGAAACCUGACAACGGAUGAAGCCAUCAAAGAGUCGCUAUCGAGAAAAGACAGCAGCUCAGAGUUUUUCGAAAGGUCGCUCUCCUGCGAACGCUUUCCUUACAGGUUUUUUGACGAUUUGGAGCUUAAAAAAUUCAUUUUUUCCAAGGUUAACCUGUAACGAGGGCCGAAACAAGUCCCAGCCUCUUCUUCGCUGGUUUUUCAACAUCCAAACGUUGAGCUGCGAAUUUUAUCCGUUUGGAUCGUGUCCAGGUUCAACUCGAAGCAAAUAAUCUCUAAAAUAAUUUGAAUCAUUCAGAUUCGGACGAUGAAAACCCUCCGCCGACGCUGAUAACCAAAACAGACUGCGAGAAUUAUUGCGAUGUCGCGAAAGUGAAAAAAGCGAUCGACGCGUUGCAAGAAGCCGAGGAGACGAUCGAGCAGACGACGAUGAGUCAGGGUGAGUUGCUGCGCAGCGAAAUUGAUACGUAGCAAGUUGUUCUACCGUGAAAUUUGUAUUUUACCGUAAUUGUGGUUAUUUCGUUCCAGGACCUUGUCUGAUAAUUUUGAGGAUUUCUUUCUUUCUCUGCGUCUCUUCAGUUCUAUUGCUCUCUCGUCCUCAUAAUUUGAGCUUGAUAAAAAAAUUUUCCUUCUGGUGACGUCAUUUUCUUGAAUUUCUCUUUUAUUCAAAAAAUGACGUCAUAAAACUAUUUUUGAGGGCUAAUAGUUAAAAAACUCAUUCUAACAAGAGAAAUCGAACGUUCCGAAAUUUGUGAAUGACGUCAUUUUCACCCGUAAACGUUAUGACGUCAUCAGAAGUGAUUAAAUGACGUCAUCAAUAUAUUUUCGAGCUAUCAUAAAAAUAGUUCAUCUCAACAAGGGGAAAUCAAUUUCCUGAAAUUUUAAAAUGACGUCACAUUCGCCCGGGGAGAUCAUGACGUCAUCAGAAAUGAUUAAAUGACGUCAUCAAGGUUUUUUUGAGGUCCGAUGAUUGAAAAUUUAUCUUAACAGGGUAAAAUAACUGAAAUAUAUAAAUGACGUCAUUUUUACCCGGGAACAUUUUAUGACGUCAUCAGAAUUUUCUGAAUAACGUCAGAAAAAUUGAAAAAAACCAAUAAGUUUUUCCAGAAGAAAUGUACGCCCCACCGUUUUUCGAAUCGGAUAAAUCUAAAAGUGACGUCAUCACGACGACCGAUGUCACCUCAACAGGUGAAACAUUUCCCGUUUUUCAAUCUUUAAUCGAUAAUUUUGAAUCGAUUUCAAAUCUUUUCAUUUUUCAAUCGAUAAUUCGAAAAAUCACGAGUUUUUAGACACUAGUGUCGUGACGUCAGAGAUCCUGGAAAUACGGAAAAAAUCGGGUGAACCGCCAAAGUACGAGGACAUUAUUCGGGACAUGCGAACCCGGGGAUUGAUUUCGGGUUUGAUUUUUUUUCAAAAUAACUUGAUUUUGUGCAAAAAUUUGUUCAUAAGAAAUUUCUUCGAAAGUAGUUUUGUUGAAAAAAAGGUAAGGUUGAAAAUGGUCAAAAAAAUAGUUUCGAAUUGACAAUAUUUUAUAGAAAAAUCUUAGAAAAUGACCUCAACUUCAUAGUGAAUCUUUAAAAAGAUCCGGAAUUUAUAAAAAAACGGCCGAAUAUUGUAGUUUUUUUCUCGAUCUUAACGAUUUUCAGUUGAUUUAUUCUUUUGAAAUCUGAGAUUCAAGAUCUGAGAAAAAAAUAUACUUGAAGUGGUCCCUGUAGGGGCAACCUUAGUGGCCCUUGAAGAUACCCCUCCAGGGACCACUUUACCCCCUCCAAUUUAGAAGAAUUGUUGUCCCCUAUAGGGGUUGUUUUAUCGCCAGGCCCCUAUAGGGACCACUCUGGCGUUCCUAAGAUUAUAAUUUUUUUGGAACAUUAUCAUUUUCCCCUCAUAAAUUGAAAUUUUAAUGAUUUUUUUUUUCAGUACAGUUAUCUCAUUAUAAAAAUUUUAAUACCCUAUAAAAAUUCGAAAACUUUUUCAUAAUUCUUGAAUGGAGGUCAUUUUUUCCCCUGUACGUCUUUAGAUAGGUUUCAAGAUCAACUUGACCUCCAUUUGGGUCGUUUUUUUUUCUCACAUGUCGUUUUCUAGAACUUUCCUAGUGUUCAUGAUACAUUAGGGAGGCGCUUAAGCGAAUUUAAAAUAUGUGAAAUUUUGUUCGGAGUCUUUCAUAAAAAGCCCAAUUUUUCAGAAGCUCCCAUCGAACCCCCGACGUCAACGUCUUCUGAAGACACCCCGACGACCCCCGGCCAAGAAUCUCCCGCUCCAGAAGACCCAACCCCCGCCCAAGCCUUCACCUCUUCUCAGUUCCUUGGCGAGGUCGAUACUAAAGUUCUGAAAGCGCCGAAGAAGGCGACGAACCUUCCAAAUGACGUCAGCGCUCCAGAAGACCUAGAAUCCUCGACGUCAAGUUCAGCGACCACAGGUGACGUCGUUCUCCAGGUGGUCCAGCCUGAAGACGUCGUGUCCAAGAAGACAAAGAGUGAGGAGGAUGGAGUCGUGACGUCAGAUGGGCCAGUCAAUGACGUCACUCCAAAAAGACCCCCUGGCAUCGCUCCAGAAUCACCUCCUGCUAAUGACGCCACUCUGAAAAUCCUCUCCGAGUCGGUCGUAGAACCUCCAGAAGCCCUCACAGAGCCUUCUGAAGCUGGCCCGAAGUCUCUGGAGAUCAAGAUCACUUCAAAGACCACUUCAGAAGCCAAAAUCAUCGAAGUCACCACACAAAGUUCUCUAGAAGUUUUCACGAAGGCUUCAGAAUCUGACAAAAAUGACGUCAGCUCUCUGGAAGACGGCUUGAAGUCGUCGGAAGAGCACAAGAAUGACGUCACUUCUCAGAAAUCUCUCGGAAAAGGCCUAACGUCUUCAGAAUCUGACAAGAAUGACGUCACUUCUCAGAAGUCUUCUGAGCAGCCGAAAGUCUCAGAAGUCGAUCUUGAAUCUCAGAACUCUUCGACAGCUUCUCCAGAAGACGUCACAUCGCAGAAUCCUCUUGAAUCUAGUCCGAAGUCCUCAGAAGCCGACAAGAAUGACGUCACCUCUCAGGAAGGUCCGAACGAAGGAACUUUGAAGACAUCUCCGACGGUUACUCCAGAUGAGGCCGAGCAAGAAAUCCUGAAUUCAUCUGAAUCCAAGCUUCCUGAAGACGGUUCCAAGGUCGUUGAAGUCGAGGUGACGUCUUCAUCUCCAGAUGACGUCGAGGAUCAGAACCUCCUGGAAAACUCGUCUGAAGACGUCAGGGAACACAAAUCAUCUGGAGAUGGGUCAAAAACUCUCGAAGUCAAGGUGAUUUCUGAGAAGUCAGCGAAAUUAUCCCAACAGACGACGUCUGGAAGUGACGUGGAAACUUCAGAAGUCACGUCGAGCAAAACUUCAACAACUGAAUCAGAAGGCAUUGACAAGACUGACGUCGACGGAACUUCUUCAGGAAACGUCGUUGAAGAGAAGACGUCCGCAGGAAGCUUGGAAACUUCAGAAGCGUCUUCGACGGCUUCUCCAGAUGACGCUAAUCAAGAAAAAUCUGCUGGAGCCGGCCCAAGUGUUCCUGAAGUUGACGUCGCUUCGAAAAUCACUCCAGAAGGCAUCGAAGUGCCAAAGAUACCUGGAAAUGGCCCAGAUGGCCUAGAAGUUGACGUCACUUCCUCUACGUCAUCAGAAGACGUCAUUGAGGAAACGUCUUCAGGAAGCAGCUCAAAAACUUUGGAAGACUCUUCCACGAUCUCCCCAGAAGACGUGAAUCAUAAUAGUUCAGCCGGAAAGGAUUCAGAUGCUUUAGAAAGCGACGUCAUUUUGAAGAAAACGGCAGAAACUGUUUCAGAAGCAUCAGAAGUUGACGUCGCUUCAAAGAAGACGUCCGAAACUGAUUCAGAAGGUUCAGAAACCGACGUUGCUUUAAAGAAGACGUCAGAAACGGAUUCGGACGCAUCAGAAGUUGACGUCGCUUUAAAGAAGACGUCAGAAACGGAUUCGGACGCAUCAGAAGUUGACGUCGCUUUAAAGAAGACGUCCGGAACUGAUUCAGAAGCAUCAGAAGUUGACGUCGCUGCAAAGAAGAAGUCAGAAACUGAUUCCGAAGCCUCAGAAACCGACGUUAAUCCAAAGAAGACGACAGAAACGGAUUUGGACGCAUCAGAAGUUGACGUCGCUCCAAAGAAGACGUCAGAAUCGGAAGGAACUUCGGAGAAGACGUCAGAAACGGGUACCGGAGCAUCAGAAACCGACGCGGCUUCUUCAGAAAACCUCAUCACUUCAGAAUCCUUCAAGAUCUCUCCAGAAGCCCCAUCAAUAUCCAGCAUCGUCGAGGUUCCACUGGAGGAGACGACGCCGAAGAUUCACGCCCCGAGUGACGUCACCGUCAACGUCAUCAUCAAGGGGACGAAUGGCGAGAAAAUCUACAUCGAUGUAGUCAACGCGACGACUCCUACUUCUGCCACGGAAAAUAUUCUGAUCAAUCAUGGUGACAAUAAUGCUACAACGUCUUCUCCAGCUUACUUCACUACUUCGGCCACCAGAAUUAUUUCCGACCAAACGAGUCUGGAAGAGCAGCAACUUCAACGGGAGUUCUUCGAGAGACAGAAAGGUGUGGUGGAGUCUUUUGGUCGCAUUGGGAAUUGCGGUCGCGUCGCGUUUUGGCGCGAAAUCAAAAUUUUCGAAUUUUCCCGCUUUUAAACUGAUCAAUCAGCACAUGAACAUCGAAUAAUGGAAGAGUUCUGAAAUUGGCGCCAAAACCGCGACGCAACCGCUUUGCAUGAAAUUGGCUCGAGGCGUUGCGGUCGCGACGCGGUUGUGACGUUGCAAAGCGGCUGCGUCGCGUUUUGGCGCGAAAUUGAAAUUUUUUAAUUUUCCCGCGUUAAAUUUGAUCAACCCUAACGCAUGAACAUCGAAUAAUGUGAUAAUCCUCAAAUCGGCGCCAGAACCGCGCCGCGACCGCUUUGCAUGAAAAUGGCCCGGGGCGUUGCCGUCGCGACGUGUUUGGCGCGAAAUCAAAUUUUUUGAAUUUUCUCACGUCUAAACUGAUCAAUCAGCACAUAAAAAAUGCGAUAAUCCUCAAAUCGGCGCCAAAACCGCGACGCGACCGCGUUGCAGCCCAAAAAUGGCUCAAAGCCAUUCCCAAAACUGCGAAAAAUCGAUUUUUCAAAGCGAUUGAUUCCAGCUCUCGUGGUCUGCGGAAAGACGCCGUAUAAGUUGAGAUGUCAGACCGGACUUCCGUCACAAUUCGUCUACCGAUGGGAAUUCGUCAACGGCGUUUGCCAGUCGUUCCCGUAUGGGUAUUGUUGGGUUCGUUUCCUUUGAAGUCAUGAUUCUGAAGAGUGGCUAGAGGGGCAAUCUUGAGGACUUUUGAAAAGACCCCUCUAGGUAUCACCUUACCUUGCCCUAUAGGAGGCGCUAGAGUUUUUCGAAGUAGCCCCUCUAGGGUCACUUAAGCUUGGGGGACUUAGGGGCUGGACCUUAUAGGGACCACUUGAACUUUAGCCCUCUAGGGACCACUUCAACGUUCCGGAGUAUGUUCUUAAGUAUUUUAAAGAAGCAUCUUUGUAAGAUAAGAACCUGGAGCUUCCAAGGGACCACUAAAAACGCCAACUAAAGGGCUCUUGUAGGCUCCCUACUAGAGACCACCCCACCUCCCCUAUAGGGGACACUGAAGCCCUCAAAAGUGGCCACUCUAGGGGAGGUUCUUUUUAACAGCCAAACCAACAAAAAAGUUAAAAAAUCACUGUAGGGACCACUUAAGUGCCAAGGUCAGGCAAUAUUUUAUUGACUACUGAGAAGUUUCGGAGAGGUCACUAUAGGGUUUUGUUGUUUUAGGGACCACUAGGGGAAAUUUUGAGGUCCCUCUAGGGGUCAAACUCUCAGUGGUCCCUAUAGGCUUUCUGAGCUGUCUACGAAAUUCCUUAAGCUUAAGGGAUCCCUGUAGGGGUAGGAGUCUUAUAUGGUCCCUACAGGACCCACUUUAACGUUACUUUUUCAGUGGUCCCUAUAGGGCUUUCUGAGCUGUCUACGAGAUUCCUGAAGUUUAAGGGAUCCCUACAGGGUUCCUUUUGGGGUACUUCAGAGUGUUACAACCCCCAUAGGGACCCCUUGGAUGUUUCUUGAUAGGGAGCACUUUAGGGGUUUUUUAUCUUGCCCCUAGAGUGACCACUUUCCCGUUUUUUGUACAUUUUAUUUCCAAAAAAAAUUCACUUUUUUGAAGUUUUUCUAAUGUACCUUGAGGCUUUUCAUCAAAUUUCUCCACUAUAGAAACGCCUUCCCUAAUCCCUUAAGUGACCAUUUUUCAGAAAGAAAAGAACAUCGCCCAUCCGAGGACGAAAGAGGAAUGUGAACUAUACUGCAAGCCGUCGAUAAUCUCGUCAAGAUUCUGA